AUGCAUAAGAAAGAUAAACAGCGUACAACAGACGUUGCGUCCACAGUUUAUAAUGGAAAUCCUACUUCAAUAUUAGAAGGAAGAGACAGAGCAUCUUCGAUUACACCAUCAAACUCUGGAGGAGCAAAUAAAGAUACGACUUCUGCGUCUUCACAAUCCGUAACCCCGAUGAGGCCAACACGAGCGGCACCACCACCACCACGAUCAUCGGACCCGUCGGAUCCACUUGCUUUCUUUAAUACUUCCGUAAAUACCAGUACAAUCGUAAAUUCGCCAUCAACGCGGCAUCCGAAACCGGCUCUUUCUUCCUCGACACUGCAUCCAUCUUCACUACAAUCGGCCUAUCAACAAGGGGUACAAUCAGCCACUUCAGUAGGAGAUCAGAUUGAAGCUGAUAAGAUGGAAGUGACACAUAUUAUUGCGAACUACGCCGUGGAACCACUGGAAAUGUUGCAUCUUGUCGACCGUUGGCUUCAACAACUCCUCAGUGAGUUUCUUCACCAACGUGAUCAUUUUAAACAUAAAUUAGGUGAAAAAUGGCAAAAUCACGAACUGACAAAUAUUAAAUAUGAUAAUAACAAUCGAAUACGUAAAAUCUAUGCUGCAUACAAGGAACUGGAAAAUGCACGUGAUACCGUACUCUCAACUGAAUCAUUUCAGGAAUUGAAUAAUUAUUUACAGAAAGUUGAUGAUAAUGCAACAGAUGAAAUGAAAGAAAAAUUCAACUUAUUAGUUGAAGAUCAUCUUAAAAUUUUACAAUCAGUAGAGUUUGUUGAUAAACAAACCAAAUCUGGUAGAAGUGAUAAUAACAUAAAUGACACAAAGAAGAAAUUAUUGAAAUUGAAAGAACUGAAUAACAAGCAAUCACAUACUAUAUGUAUUAUCGGCUUAGAAAAAACUGGCAAAUCAACAUUUAUUAAUGCACUUCUUGGCUACGAAUUUUUGCCGACGGCGAGUGAACGAUGUACACAGAUACGUACCGUGCUCAAACCACCCCUUGAAAAUGGUGAUCCACAGCUGUUUGCCACUGUCAAAUUUUACGAUGAGCAGGAGUUUCAUCUAUUCUUUCAUAAAAUGACAAAGAAAACAGAUGAAAAUCCACAACAGUUACAACAACGUAAAGAUCAGAUGAUUCAAGCACGAGAAAUGUUGAAAGCUAAAUUUCCAGAAGAACAUUUUCGUAUUAAUGACUUAAGUGAUACGAAUAAAGAGCGUAUGGCUAUUCUUAAACACUUACAUGUUUAUAUAACCGGUGAAUUGUAUGUUAAUAUUAUUAAGGAAAUUGCAAUUUAUACGGAUAAGCUACCAGGUAAGAACUACGAACUUCUAGAUGUUCCUGGUUUUGACUCCCCCAUUAAAGAACAUCGUGAUGCCGGUUUACAAGCAAUAAAAACAGCUGACGCAUUCCUUUUUCUUACCAACGGUCAACAACCAAGUCUAACUGAACCACAGAUCUGUCUUCUCCAUGAAAUUCAACAAAAUCAUUUUGAAGCAAUGCAACGUGCGUUUGGUAUCAUCACCAAACUUGACCUCUGUCAAACUCCAACAAUCUAUCAAGAACAUUAUGAAAAAGCUUCUACUGAACUCAUUGAUAAACAUUUUAAACCAGAACAUAUUUAUGCUGCUUGUCCACGGAUGCAAAUUCUGAAUGAAAACUCCGAAGAAUUUCGUGUUAUUAAUCAAAAACUACAUCAUUUUGGUGGUGAUUUAGAACAGGGAUUCAAACGAAGUAAAAAUGGUCUCAAUAAAUUUAUUGAAUUUGAAUUACCAAAAACACAUUUGAAACAGCUGGUUGAUUUGGGACGGUUGCGAUUAGUUCGACAUGUAUUGGAACGACUUGAUAGAAUCAAACAAAAUCAGUUGUGGCCACAAAAUCUGGCUAUAACGUCAAUAGAUGAGUAUAUUAAACAACACAACACAGAGAAUUGGGACAAAAUUUUCUAUGAAAAUAUCUUUCAACCUGCCUUCGCCAAAGCAAAUCACUGGCAUACAACUACCGUCACCAAAGAACGUACAAAAUUUGUCGAUAGUGUUAGACAAAAAUUUCAUGACUCUUUUCUCGAUCUCACCGAAGGAUUUCGUAAACGUACAUAUCCAAUUGAACAACUGAUGUUUGAAGCACAUUGCUAUUCAAAACUUCAGUUAAAUUCACAUCCAACUGACAAUGAGCUGCGCGAAAGACUAUGUAUUGAAUUGGAAGAAAUUGUUGGUCAAACAUCAAAUAUUCUUGCAGAAUAUUUCUAUCAUCAAUAUAUCUGUGAAUUGGAAAAUAUUCUCAAUGAUAUUUGCCCACAAUUGAAAGAUUUAUAUCGUACAAAGUUAACACUGGACAAGUGUACACAUGAAACGCAUGCAUUAGUUCUAAGAGUUUGUCGUCCCGUGAUUAUGGCAACUCUCAGAUAUUCACAUUUAGAUUUGCUCGUUAGACAAGAUGCAAUUAAUGAAUUGAUCUAUAUUGCGCCAACUGUCGCAUUCAAUAUAGCGAAUAUUCCAGAUAAAAAUGGUGAAGGUGGAAUACUUGGUAUGGAAAUAUCCAAGUCAGCGGAGUUGUUGGCUAGUAGAAGUGAGAUGAUAACGUCGCUUAUUAAAACACUUUUCAAAUAG